AUGAAAGGUACUUAAUUGCUUUCUCAAAACCAAUAACAUAUAUGGAAUAUUUUCAAAAGAGAUCAUUCAAUUGCCAUUUUUUUUUGUUUUUAAUUAACUAUAAAUGCCUUAAUGAUAGUCUAAAAUGAUUCCUAACUAAUAUUUACUAUUACUGUUUGUAUUCUAAAUACAAUUUUUGCUAUUACCACAUAAAUGAUUGCACUAACUAAUAAAACUAUCCUAUUUAAGAAAAUAUGUUUAUUUAUCAGUAAGUUAUCUACAUUAAUAAUGAUUGUAUUACUAGACAUAUAAUUAAAAAGUGCAUUGAUUAUGCUAUUAUAUUCUUUUGAAGAGAAAGAAACUGAUAAAAAGUAUUUUCGAUAUUUUGAUAUAAUUGCAACAAGAGCAAUUACAUUAUUCAUCAUUAUAAUCAAUUUUGACUUAAUAGCAAUUAUAUCAAUAUCAUUCUAAUUUUUAUUGGAACUAAAUAGAUUAUUUUAAGUUAAAGAAGUAUAAAAUAUUGUUUUAAAUUAAAAAAAUCCAUUAGCAUAAAGUUUAAUUUCAUAGUAAGAAUAAGAUAAUUUAUGGAAAAAUAGAAUAUAAAUGAUUCCUGUAUCAUUUAUUAUGAUUGAUUUAAAAACUCAAAAAAUCAAUUUCAAAAAUAAAACAGCUCAUCAAUUCUUUUCUUUAUUUUGUGAAAAUGAAUAAGAAUUUGAAGAUUUACUUCUACAUAAAUUACAAUUUAAUUUAGUAUAAGAUAAUAUAGAUUAAAUAUGUUAAUCAUUCUCUUUUUUAAAAAUACGACAAAGACUCAGAAGCAAAUAAAAUCGUUGCUUUUAAUAAGAUUAUUAGAAUUGUGGCACUCCAGUUCCAUUAUCAGGAUCAUCAGGAAUAUAAUGUGUAUCUUCAAGAUAAGUUGAUUCCUUUGAACAUAAUGCUCUUAAAUUUACUUUGGCAGAGAUUAUUACAAAUCUUUCUGAGGGUCAUUUUUAAGAAUAUAUAGUAAAUAAUUCAUUAGAAUUACUUUGUCAUUAAAAUUAUUAAGGACUUGUAGAAAAUGCUAAUACAAAUCAUACUCAAUAAAAGAAAUUUUAAUUAUCUGGUUCUAUUUUAACUAAUUAAUAAAAUGAAGAAAUAAUACUUCUAUUAAAUGAUAUAUCUAAACAAAAUGAACUAUAAUAAUUAAUUUCUUAGGAUGAAUUCAAAUCAAAAGUAACUAUAUUCAUCAUUCUUAGAUUGUAGAGUCUUUUUCACAUGAAUUGAGAACUCCAUUAAAUGGAGCCAUUAAUUUUCUAACUGCCUUUAUGUAAGAUACUGAUAAUAGUGAGUAAAAUAAAAAUACUUAUAUUGUUCCAGCAAUAAAUUCACUUAAAAUUUAAUCAUAUUUAAUUAGUGAUAUAAUUGAUUUUACAUCUUCAAGUACAAAUAAUUUAGAACUUUUUAUUAAGGAAUUUUCAAUGAGAGAAUUAAUUAAUGAGAUUACUUCCCUUUUUGAAAUGUAAUUUUCUGAGAAAAAUCUUGAAUUUAGAGUUGAUCUAAUGGAUUGUUGUAUAAAUUCAGUAACUAGUGAUUAUAGUAAACUAAUGUAAAUAUUAGUUAAUUUACUAUAAAAUUCUAUUAAAUUCUCAACUGAAGGAUUAAUUGUCUUGAGAAUUUAAUCACAUACAAAAGAUAUUCUUAAAUUUACAGUUACAGAUAUGGGAUAAGGAGUAUCCUAAACAAAUAUUUCAUAAAUUUAAUUGUAUUUAAAUAAUUUAAAGAAUUAAAAAGAGAUUUAAUUAAAUAAAACAUGGCAUGGAUUUGGUUUAUUAAUUUCUGCUAUGUUAGUUUAGAAAUUAGGACCAUCUGAUAAAAGUACAAUUAAAUUUGAAUCUGAUGGAAUUAAUAUGGGUUCUAAGGUAUCUUUUUUUAUUAAGAAUUAAUAAGUAAAACAUAAUAGUGUAAAGUAACCUACAAUUAGAUAAAAUACACAAAGAUUUUAGAGUUCUGUUCAUAUGACUUCUUCAUUUAAUAAUCUAAAUGGUACAAUAAUUUAAACAACAGAUUAAGGAUAAGGAAUGAAGAAUAUUCCAAAAUAAUAAAAAAAUAAAAUUAGUUCAUAAAAAUCUAAUGAUAAUUCUAUGUUUAGUGAAAGUGUUGUUUUUGAUUCAUUAGAUUAAAAGUUUGGUUUACUUUAUCCUGUAUAACCUUCAUUAAUUACUGAUAUUAUUUGUAGUUCACCUUAAAAAGUGAGACAUUUUAAUAAGAAUGAUAAUUCAUCAUAAAGAUCUAAUAAUUCUAAAAUAUUGAGCAUAAAAUUUAUUAAAUAGGCAGAAGAAUAGGAGGAUGAAGAAUUGUUAUAAACUUAUAAAAGAAGAAAGAAAUGUUAAUGUUAAAGAAUUAUGUCUGUUGAUGAUGAAAUAUUUAAUCAAAAAUCAAUUUAAAUGUUAUUAUGCAAAAUGGGAUUUGAAGUUAUUUUAGUAGCAAUAUUAUUUUAUAUUUUUAGGCAUUUAAUGGACAAUAAGCUUGUGUUGAUAUUUUGAAUAUUAAGAAAUGUGGAAAGAAAUGUUCAUUAUUAACUCUCAUUUUGAUGGACUAUUAGAUGCCAAUUCUAAAUGGUUGUUAAGCUACAGAGAAAUUAAUUUAGAUGAUGAAUCAGAACAUAAUCCCAAAAAUUCACAUUGUUGGUUUAACUGCUUUUACAAAUUCAAAUGAUAUUGAAAAUUGUUUAAAAGCAGGUAUGAGUGAUGUACUUCAUAAACCACUUAAUCUAAAAGAAUUUAAAGAAAUUCUUACUUUAAUUUGA